AUGAAGUUGAACCACCUGACCGUGAUCACCUGCUCAAUGAAGAAGAUUGCCGAAAUCAAAGGCGUCCUCGGCGAGGAGAUUCCAUUUGAGAUCAUUCAUUCAAAGCUCGAUCUGGAGGAGUACCAGGGCGAUCCGAACGGUGAUGAGGACUUUAUUGUGAAGGAAAAGUGCAAGUUGGCCGCCAGAACAAUUAAGGGACCGGUGAUCGUGGAGGACACUUCGGUCAUAUUCACUGCACUAAAAGGCUUGCCAGGCCCGUACAUCAAGUGGUUCGACGAAACCAUCGGCUCCAGUGGAAUGUGGCGCAUUCUGAAGGACUACGAGGACAAGAGCGCCACGGCCAUCUCCAAAAUCGCAUUCAGCGAGGGCGUCGACCAGCCGGUACACGUCUUUGAAGGUCACCUGAAGGGCACCAUCGUCGAGCCAAGAGGCAGCGGCUUCACCUGGACCUCGUGUUUCCAACCGGACGGCCAGACGCAGGUCUUUGAUGAGAUGGAGCUGUCGCUAAAGAACACACUCUCAGAGCGCUCCUUUGCGGUGAAAAAGUUGAAAGCUUUUCUACUAGAAAAGUACAGUGGCAACUCCAAGGUCAAUGGAUCAUCAACUCAAAACGGCAAUGGACUGUCUGUUUAG